CGGCCUAGGACCUCCGACACCGCCCUCACCCGCCUCACCGGCAUGAAGCCCCCGCAGCGGCGGCGAGCGGCCCCAGCUCGCUAUCUAGGCGAGGUGACCGGCGCCACGGCCUGGGGCGCCCGCGAGAAACGGCAGCUGUUACGACUACUGCAGGCGCGACGGGGCCAGCCGGAGCCGGAUGCCUCCGAGCUGGCCCUGGAGCUGCCGGGCCGGAGCGAGGCCGAGAUCCAGGAUUUUCUUCGGCAGCUCAAGGGCCGAGUGGCCCGGGAGGCCAUUCAGAGGGUGCAUCCAGGUGGCCCACAGGGUUCCAGGCGCCGAGAAACACAAACCCCUGCCCCCAUCGAGGUGUGGAUGGAUCUGGCUGAGAAGAUAACAGGCCCGCUGGAGGAAGCCUUGACUGUGGCUUUCUCACAGGUGCUCACCAUCGCCGCCACGGAGCCCCUCAGCCUCCUGCACUCCAAGCCCCCCAAGCCCACGCAGGCUCGUGGCAAGCACUUGCUCCUCAGCACCCCUGGAGGACAGGAGGACCUGGGCCCUGAGGCCCCUGGAGGGCAGGAGGCUCCUGGCCCUGCCCCCAAGACCCAAGGCCCUGCCCCAGAGGCAUCUUCUGAGUCCCUAGCUGGCCCGUGUGCUGAGGGAGACUUCAAUGCGGACUUUGAGAAGAUCUACAAGUACCUGUCAUCCAUCUCCCGCGGCUGCCCUGGCCCUGAGCUUUCCGCAGCUGAGUCAGCUGUGGUCCUUGACCUGCUCAUGGCACUUCCCAAGGAGCUGUCCCGACUGCCCUGCGCUGCCCUGGUUGAACAUAUGUCGGAUACGUUCCUACGCCUGACGGCCCCCCAGCCCGACCCUUCCAGUGGGAGCCUGGGAUCCAUUGCUGAGGAUGAUGGGACAGGCUCCAGGGGGCAAGAGGCGGCUGGCCAGGCCACCUCUCAGGCCCCUGGAAAUGCUGGGCCCAGCAAACCAAUACCCAUUUGGCAGUCAGCUGGGGUCUGCCCCUUGAACCCGUUCCUGGUGCCCCUGGAGCUUCUGUGCCAGGUGGCACCCCCUGCAAGAUGAGGGGGCCGGUGGGCAGAGGAGACAGCAGACAUCUGUGAGCCCCCCAGCCCUCAGUCCUGCUUAGGCUGGCCUUGAGUUGCCACGAGGAUCUGGUCAAAGUGGAAGGUCCCUGACAGUGUGCAGUACAGGUUGGUCGUUAAAGUGCUCACACAGCGGGGGCCUCAGAAACAGAAGCAUAGUGGUAUGGGGUCCAGCCAUAGAAUUGGCAGGGGGAUGGUCAGCCAGGUGGCUGGGCUGAAACCACCAUCAAAUACUCCCCCGCCCCUCAUCCCUUCUGAUGUCCUGCAUCCUGUGUUCUAUAACUGUGAAUAAAGUUCUGCUCAAACCCCC